AUGCAUGCAUGGGAGAAUAUUCCAAUGGACGCAGAGGCCGAUUUCCCACCGACAGAGACAGUUCAUGGUCCAACUAUACCAACCAAGUUGACCAUUGUACAUUCCACUGGAGUGUUUUUGCAUAACAUUGUCUGGUGCAGCUGUCCUGGGGUCGAUUAUACUGUUCCUAAUAGAUAUCGAGAACUCAUGAGAGUGUCUCGACUGUGGAGAGACUUGAUGAGUCGAAAAUGGUUUGGGUUUGCCCAUAAUGAUGAGCAGAAACCGGACAAGGGUGAUCUGGCUUGUUGGCUUGUUUCACAAAGAUAUGUGGUAGACGGGAACUUCACUGCUCAGCAUAUGGUAAUAAGAAAACCACAGUUGGACAUUAGUUUGUCAGACGGGCUUGGGUAUAUGGUGAAAGAUCAUGAAUACCAGACUCAUCUGUCAUCGGCUGUAGAAAGUAAAGAGCGGUCUUCUUGCAGCAAUCAUCGUGCAGUAAAUGCAGCCAAUAUCAGCAGGAGCAAUCUUCGAGCUACAGGUGUAGGAGCAACUGCUUGUGCUCGACAUGGAUGCUUUGUUCCUCAUAGUAUAGUUGAUUUUCAGAAGGGUGAAAGACACAUGAAUAUCGACUACUCAAUAUGCAAUGCAUUGAAUUAUCAUUCAGCUGGUAUAGACUCUUCCCUCAUCAUUUAUGAUGUGGGGUGUCAGUGGAGCAUUAAUUUUCUACAGAGAGUAGCCCAGAGCAAGGGCUUGUCUGUACCUGAAAAUAUGCACAUUGUUCCAGCAGUUGGAAAAUUCCAUCUUAGCGCUCACAAAUUGGCUUGCUUUGCAAGGUACAGCCUCAACUUUAUUCAAGGGGCUGGACAUGUUGAUGGGGAGAUUUUGGAGACUCUGUGGGCACCAUUCAAUAAGAUCUCCCCAACUGCUCGGUCAAUGAGUCAGGCACACCGUCAAGAAGUUCUUGAUGAUCAUAUGCGAGACUCAAACUGGAAAAAAAUAGUGGGAAUAAUGAAAACUCUCUUGAAAAAGUACAAAUGGGCUCUCAAAGGUGUUGAUGACACAAAGUCUCCCUUUGACGAGCUCACUCUGUCUCUGGACCCUGAGAAGAUUUUGAUGUGGAAGAUCGAUGAGAAAAAGGCCAUGGAACAAUGUGGAGAGUAUCUUGACAUCUAUCAGUUGCAGAUGAACAAAGGUCAUGAUGAAAAUGUUUGGGGAGAGGUCUCAGAUGAAGAGAUCUCAGAGUAUAUUGAUGAAGAAAUCUUGGCUGAAGAGAUGGGUAUCUGGAUGCCAUCAUCAGUGCCCUACCAGGAUGCAUUGGCUCUCGGACUGGGUCCCCUCCAAGUUGAAGAAUUAGAACUUCGAAAGGGCCAAGCCAAUGACUGCCUCAAAAAGCUCCGAAUGGCCCUUGGUCAUAAGGCCAUCAUCUAUCGUCAGUAUUUUCGAAGUGCUAAUUCAACAUGGGCUGGGACUAGGUCAAAGCAAGAAGCUCAACGCUGUCAGCUCAAAAUUGACAAGUGUGUAAGAAGCUAUCAGAGGGCAAGGUCAGCAAUGGAAGGUCUAGGCAUGGACAAAGCCACCUUGGGGAGUCUUUAUCAGCCAAUAUCGCCUACAGAGCUCAGUAUAGACAAAGAGGUGACAGAAGAACAUAGAUUUGGACAAGGAUCAGACAGGCUGGCUUGGUUUUGGAGGGGAAAUAAUGCAAGCCAAGGUCAAGACGAUGCCUGGAUAGAUGAAUCUCCAACCGAUCUAGUCUACAGGGUGAACUGGUUGAAGGCUAAGGCUAGAUGGAAUAGAUGGCAAGAGGAAUUAAGGCUGGUAAGACAUGAAAUGGGUUGGACCAUAAACUGGUUCAAGUACCACCAGAAUGAAUGGGAGAGAAGGGGUGGCCAAGCCACCAGACCUGGUCAUCAAGCCUAUGCUUAUCAGCAGGUCUUGAUGUGGGGAAGAUUUGUUGAGGAGGCGGAGAAAAAUUUCAAUGGAUGUAGCCUAGCUAGCACUAGCUCCACUCUAUGUAGUCCACAGCUGGCCAAGAUAAUUGUAUCUAAGAUAUGGACUGGCCAGAUGGUUCCUACAGCAUUCCAUGUAAUUCUGAUACCAAUAACUGACAGAAUCAAGUCGGCCGGAACUAUCUGA